AUGUGGGCACUCUGCGAAAAGCUCGGCGUGCAGAGCGGUUUCGCCCGAGGUGACGCGGCCGCCUGCGCCCUGGCCGCCAGCUUGGCCGAGCUCCCGCUCCAAGAGCUGCGGCUGGAGCUGCGGCAGAACGAGAUCGGCGCCGAAGGGGCCCAAGCCUUGGCAGCUGCCAUCGCCAAGCUGCCCCAGCUCCAGAAGCUGGAGCUGUUUCUGAUCGACAACUCGCUGGGCGACGUUGGCGCCCGCGCCCUGGCUGCCAGCUUGGCCGAGCUCCCGCUCCAAGAGCUGCAGCUGAACCUGCUGCUUAACAAGAUCGGCGAUGACGGGGCCCGGGCCCUGGCAGCGGCCGUCGCCCAGCUGCCCCUCCGGAAGCUGGAGCUGGAUCUGAGGCACAACUCGCUGCGCGAUGAAGUGAAGGAGGAGCUCCGGGGCCAACUCGACGCGCUGCCCAUCCCGGAGAAGGACAUCGAGAUCUAA